GCACUGCGGCGGUGGCUGGGUAAAUUCGAAAAUGCAUCAUCAGUUCGUUGGAGUUGGGGCAAUGGAGUGAAGUGGACUCGGACAAUUUGAAUUUUUUCUUUCAUUUUUCAUGCGCAAGAUAUUUCAGUGGAGAAUUCAUACAUGUUGCAUUUUUUUAAAGGAAAAAAUUGGGUUUGCACAUUUUUAUGAGUUUCUUCUCGAGAAGGAAGACGAUGACUAGUUGGAGGGAUUGAGGGAGUUCUUGUCUUGGCGCCGGAGUCGGUGGGACGGUGGAUUGGAGAGAAUGAGGACUUUAUACUCGAUUGGCUUGAUCCUUCUUGCUACCGGGAUCGCUCUAGCCCACGCGAAAUUGUACGUGAAUGUUACGGGUGAUAUUACCCUCGGGGCACUGUUUCCGGUUCACAGGAAGGGGAGCAACGGCGAAAGCUGCGGGAAAAUUCAGUGGGAGGAUGGGAUUCAGCCCCUCGAGGCGAUGCUGUACACAGUCAAGCAGAUAAACAAGGAUCCAAAGCUUUUGCCUGGAAUUAAACUCGGAGUACUCGCGUUUGACUCUUGCGAUAAUGCUAAUUACGCACUUGAGCAGGCACUUAAUUUUGUUAAAGGUUUCAUAGCUCACGUCAAUGAAUUCCACGAGCAGGAAUUUCAGUGCUCAGACGGAAGUAUCCCAAGAUUCCUGGGUGGGGGUUUCGACAAAGUCGUUGCGGUGCUCGCAGCGCAGUCGAGUUCCGUAACACUGCAGGUAGCCUCAAUGCUCCGGCUAUUUACCGUGCCUCAAGUAUCUUACAUGGCAACAACCCCGUCGCUCAGUAACAAGGAGCGAUAUCCGCAUUUCUACAGGACUGUGCCGAGUGACGUCAACCAGGCCCACGCGAUGCUAGAAAUAUUGAAACGAUUCCAGUGGACUUACGUAUCAGCGGUUUACUCGGACACAGAAUAUGGCAAUCGCGGAUACGAGACACUGGUAUCCCUCGCGAAUAACUAUUCAAUCUGCUUCAGCGCACCACAGAGAAUAGACAAGGAGCGUUUUGUCGAUGAGGACUACGACAAUGUCAUUCGUACAAUCGCGAACAAGACUGAAGUUAGAGUCGUUGUGAUCUUCUCCGAGAGGAGUACAACCCUCCGCGUGCUGGAGGCAGCGAGAAGACUGGGCCUUGGCACCAGAUUCGUUUGGAUCGGCAGUGACGCAUGGUCCAACACAAACCACCGUGAAUUUCUCAAUCCCUGGAAUCGCAAUAAGUACGAGGAAAUGGUACUUGAGGGGGCUCUCGCAGUACAGCCAUUGUCGAGAAAUCUCGGGGGCUUCGAUGACUACUUCAAGAAUCUAUCGCUCAGCCAUGAAAAGAUUAAUCCCUGGUUUCGGGAGUUCUGGGAGAACUAUCACAGAUGCGGAAAAUCUGGAAAUGGGACAUCCUGCAACGAUCCGUCACUGAAAAUGAAUUCUGAAACUGGUUACAAGCAGCAAAAGUUCCUCCACUUCGUACGUGAUGCUGUGUAUGCUGUAGCGCAUGCACUCCACGACAUGCAGGUAAAUGUGUGCGGUGAGCAUUAUGAGGGUAUGUGCGAGGGGAUGAGACACAUUGAUGGUGAGACUCUUUCGAGAUACUUGAAUACGGUCACGUUUAAAGAUGAGGCGGGCAAUCCAUUCAGAUUUGUUAACAAUGUCGAUGGCCCAUUGAGGUAUACCAUUUUGAAUUAUCAGAAGGGGGACGACGGGACUUAUCGGUGGCACGUCGUGGGUAAUUACACACAAAGCGACAGUGGCGAGCCGAUUCUCCACAUAAACUCAACCCUCAUGAAGUACCGUAGCCAGGGUGCACUAGGCCGCAAGUUCUUCCCGAACUCCACAUGUUCAGAGACCUGUCUUCCCAAUCAAGUGAAAGUUCGUGAGAAGGUCGAUCCCUGCUGCUGGAGAUGCAGAAACUGCGGUCUGUACCAAUGGAAGGUCGACGGUCACAGGUGUGAGGACUGCGAGUGGGGCACAAGACCGACUAGCGACAGAAAACUUUGCGCACCCAUUGAGGAGGACUUCAUCGAUUACUCGAGUCCUUGGGCGGUAGGGACGAUGGCAGUGGCCAGCUGUGGAAUUCUUCUAACGAUAUUCGUCCUGUCAGUCUUCUGGAUCUACAGUGAUACCCCGGUGAUAAAAGCCUCUGGCCGUGAGCUAUCAUCCCUCCUCCUCCUAGGUACCCUAGUAUCAUUCCUAAUGACAUUCGCAAUCGUCGCUGAACCGACCACCGAGACCUGUGCGAUCACUCGUUUCGGAAUUGGAUUGUGUUACACUCUCUGUUACGCCGCACUGGUCACCAAGACCAACAGGAUCCACAGGAUCUUCAAUAAAAAAUGCCACAGUCCUCACAAGCCCAAGUACACCAGCCCGAGGUCACAACUCAUCAUCACGGGAAUUUUAACAUUCGUAGAAAUUGUUAUUAAUGGCAUUUGGCUGCUGCAAGUUCCACCGGCUAUUGCGCAUUCCUAUCCCACGAGGGAUUCGAGACUCAGGAUAUGCCAGGGGCUGGAUGAUAGGUCUUAUAUGGUGGGAUUGGUCUAUCCUUUUAUUUUAAUUGUCACCUGCACAAUAUACGCAAUUAAAACUCGGAAAUGUCCCGAGGGAUUCAACGAAACCCGUCACAUAGCAUUCACGAAUUAUACAACGAUGGUCCUCUGGCUGGCAUUUGUACCGCUGUACCUCGCCUCUGCGAAUAAUUCAAUUCGAGUUGUUACACUGGCCCUAUCCCUCUCCCUGAGUGGUCUCGUGCAGCUCGGUUGUUCAUUCUUCCCGAAAGUUUACAUUGUACUGAUGAAACCGGAGAAAAAUACGAAGGAACUUGUUAUGGCACAGCACAGGAGUUCAUCGUAUUUGGCAACGCCCUCGGCAACACCAAUCGUCGUCCUCAAUGGUCAUGCCAUAAAAUCGAGCAUGAGGGACAGCCAAUCAUCCCUGCGGUCUUCAAGAGUAAGCAGUAAUGCAUCAAAUUUCUAUAAUUUGAAACCUCUCAUAAUCGACUCAGAUAGCGGAUCAAUGGAAGGGACGACAGAGAACGCGAGCGACUCCGAGAUAAUCUCAUCUUAAAACCCCGAACACUACGACUACAAUCCAAUGAAUUGUACAGAAAUCGAUUGAACGGAUUAAAAGCCUUCAGGACCAAUAACCGACGCAACUGAUUCAGCCCGUGAUCUAUUGAAUUGAAACAAACUGGAAAACAUAUCGUUAAACUAAGGAAAAUUAAUGUAUGAUUAUUAGCAAUUACCUAGGUGUUAAGAGGACAUUUGUUCACGGGCAUAUCGAAGCAUAUAUUGACCUAGUUAUAACUGACAUUACUCUAUUUGUUAUGAUGAUUCAGCAGGCUGUGUAAUUAAUUACAAAUGCGGGUAUUACAAUAGAAUAAAUGGAAAUAAACGCUUGGCAUUUCAGUCAUUCUAGGCUAAUCUCAUCGUAAAAAGGUGGAAUUUUUAUUGUUUUAUGAGGAACACUGUUUCGUGUAGGUGUUUAUUGGUAGAUAAGUGGAGGGGCGUAGUUGUGAAUGGAGGUUUCUCGGAAUAUUAAUGAGACACGCACGAAAAAAUUUCAGAGAAAAAUCCACGGAAUUUGAUGGAAAAUUUUAUUAGUUUUUGGCUAAUUUUAGUAAAUAAUUCCGCUGAUGAAUUUUCUCUAUUUUUCUUCUCUUCUCAUUGAAAAAGCUGAACAAAAAUUAUAGAACGUUUGAGCUGAGAAAUUUCUACAGAAAAUACCUCAAUGGAAUAAGUUGUAUAGAAAAAUCAAAUCCUAUUGAUUUUUUCUAUAGAAGUCCGCUGAUGAAUCUUCCAAGUUUCUUUUUCCACUCUAUUUCUCUUUUAUUUUCAUUAAAAAAAUCAAGCAAAAAAAUUUUUAAAGUUUGCAUUAAAAAUUUUUUAAAUUUUGACAUAAAAUAUCUGAAAAGAAUAAGUUCUAUAGAAAAUUCGAAUCGCAUUGAUUUCUCCCAUAGAAUAGUUUCCAUUUAGUAUUUUCCAAAAGCUCACAAGAAACUAAUAGAAAAUUCAACCGAAAUCAAGUCGAAUUUCCCAUCGAAUUUGUUAGGUUUUUCUAUUAAAUUUUUCGUCCGUGCGCUUUUUAUAUUCAACGGGUAUAUGACAUAUCUUAGUUGUUCUGUUCUCACCGUGCCUAAUUAUUAUAUUUAUCUUUCAUUUUAAAGGAAUUGUAUAU